CGAUAUGAAAUGUCACAUAGUACCUGUUUACACCAAAGGUGCGAUUUGAGUUCACAUCAACUAGAAUGAUAAUGCACAACCUCGUGGAUUUGUAAGAUGUCUAUUUGUAACCGAUUUAUAUUAGCAGAAAAAAAACAGUUUUAAAGGAGUUCCUAGUAACAACAAUUAGUCAAGUCGUUGUUCAAAGCGAAACGUCAUUGUUAUCAAAGUCGGAAAAUAGAGUCUCCAAUAUACGGAUUAAAAUUAGUAUUCAACACGAUCUUGAGUUGGAUGACGAAACAUACACAAAAAAUAUUGAAAGCAGAUUGUUAGAUGAAUUAACUACGAGAGGCUAGUUGGUUACACCGACACCAUGACUAAAUUAUUGCUCGCUGUUUGUAUCGUCUUGAUCGCUGCGUCUUUGCUGCAGACGACAGAUGCUCGUCCCCAUAGGGAAAAAAGAAACAAGGAUCCAGGUGAAGAAAAACCCUUUUCCUUUCAAUCGCGUGAACGAAAGGAAUUUCGUAACAACAUACUACCCGAAACACUGCUGUACGAAAUUGAAAUAGAAGGAUUUCCAGUGUUCGAGCUGGACCUCGUGUUGAGCUACAAGAUGAAUGUACCGGAAAGUGUCAUUGGAAACUUAGCAAGGGAUUCCUGCAAAGGAAGUCAUAAACGGGAAAAGACGGUCGGCAUAUAUACAGAUCUAAACGGACACGGAUCUUUCGCAUGUGAAGCGAGUACAGGAAAUGAUUGGCAGUUGAACUGCGAUAUCAGCGGGCUUUUCCAUUUCAAUGGUACGUCCUGCUACAUCGGAGGUGAAGUAGACGAAGCCGUGUGCUUCGACGAUACCACGGAAGGACACCUGGAAUGCCGUUACCCACCUGAUGUUGUGAGACCGAAUAGUUCCGUUGAUAUGAAUCAAACAGCAGAUUUACUGGGUCGUGACCGUCGCUCCAUUCACCCUUCCCCGGGGUUCAAGGUCGUUGAAGUCGCAUUUGCACUGGACGCUGCAUUCAUGAAACAGUUUUACGAUCGCCAUCGAGGCAAUACUGCGGCUGCCGAAAAGGAAGCUGAUCUGUUCGUGGUACUUUUUGUAAACGAGAUGAACGUUUUCUACGCGUCUGUCAAAGAGGUUUCUGACGGUCAACUUGACCUAUACGUUUAUCCUGCGGCUAUCGUCUACCCAGGCUACGGGUAUGAUUUCCGCUGGGCUUCGAACUACAAUGACGGUGGUCGUCUACAAAGUAGUACAGCCUCCGACGAAGAGCUAAGAUUGUUCUUCAACAGUGAAUUUACAACCAACCAUCAUGACUUUGCCAUGGCUCUAACGGGGUUGGAUCUCAUUGACCAGGACGGAAGCGAUGGGUUGCUAGGUUACGCCUUCCUCGGUUCGGUUUGUGUAGACAGCAGUAACACACUGAGUAAAUACAAGUACGCUAUCAACGAGUUCACAAUCAGCAACGUGGCCUGGGUGGCUUCACAUGAACUGGGACACGCGUAA